GGCCAGUCUACACGGAGCAGCGUGCAUUAUUGUUCGUUCCUGUAAUAAAUAAGGGUGCAUGGUUCGCUGAGGCCCCGGGUGGUGGUGCAACCCCGCUCCUCGAGGGGUGAAUGUCGUGUGCAGUGAAGAGAGGAUUAUUGUAAAGGAGAUAGUGAUCGAACAUUCGGAGCACGAUGAUGGAAGUGCAGCAGCAACACUCGCCUGUAGGGGUGGGUCCUCUGGACUUUUCACGCAGGGGUGUCGCCGAGGCGUCCGCUUUUCGUGUUGUCAAGCCGAAACAGUCGGCGUCCUCGUUGGUGCAUCAACAAGCGUUGUCACCGGAGGCGAACAACAACGAGAAUCUUCAGGAGAACCCGCAGGUCCCUGUGGAAGCUGACGGAGGAUGCAACGUUCGUUUAAUGUUCCCCAGACUGUGGGCUCCCUUCGAGAACGCUACGGAGGUCACGAACCUACCCGCCUUGCCGAAAAGUCAUUCAGAACGAUUGUCAUUCGGAGUGGGUCGACUGGUUGGCUCACCAGCAACGAGGAGUCCCUCUCCAUCGCACUCUCCCUGUCCAGACUCUCCUCCGUCGGAUCGCCGGGACGGCGAGGUGGACGUGGACGUGGAAGAGGAGGAAGUCGACGUGGACGUUGAAGAGGUCGGUGACGAGGACGAUCGCGAUGCCACGUCGAGUCCACCGCGAUCAUCCACCACACCCUCUCCGACCAGCGUGGCGAUAUCGCCCACCUCGAAUCCGCCGAAGAAAUCCGGCGACACUUUCAGUGUUUCCGCUCUUCUCAGGCCGGACCCGCCGUCGGCCCACUUGCAAAACGCGUCUCCUCACCGAGACACGACGUCGAUCGGUGCACACCCUCCUCCGCCAGGAUCCUCGAUGCUCUAUCCACCGCUUCAUCUCCAAGGUGGACUAUUACCACCUCAUCCUCAUCAUCCCCUCUCGUACCUGCAUCCCCAACUGCUGCCUCAUCAUUUGUUACCUCCGCACUUGCACCCGCUGCUGCGUGGUGUUCACCCAGGUCAUCCUGGCCUGCACUCGACCCACACCGCGCACGGGCUCCAUCAUCAUCCGCUCGGGGACGUCUACAGCUGCGUCAAAUGCGACAAGAUGUUCAGCACGCCUCACGGACUCGAGGUGCAUGCAAGGAGAUCGCACAAUGGGAAGAGACCGUUUGCCUGCGAGCUGUGCAAUAAAACGUUCGGUCAUGAAAUCAGCCUUACGCAACACAGAGCCGUGCAUUCCGCGGAGAAGGUGUUCGAGUGCAAGCAGUGCGGCAAAGCGUUCAAGCGUUCCAGCACUUUAAGUACUCAUCUUUUAAUCCACUCGGACACGAGACCGUAUCCCUGCCAGUUCUGUGGGAAGAGAUUCCACCAGAAAAGCGACAUGAAGAAGCACACCUACAUUCAUACCGACCAACCCAUGCAAGGGAGCAUCUCCUGGGUGAUCGUAGGUGAGUGGUCGAUGGUGUUGGGACACUUGGCACUUAGGUGUCUCACGGCUGAUGGAGCGAUGCUCCUUCAGGAGAGCGGUGGAAGCGAGUUGAAGGAACAGGCGAAGAAGCGUUCCAAGUCGGAGGGGGGCCUGGGUUUUGUAUCGUCUCCAUGGCAACUCUCUCGAUGUCUUAUCAAAUUAUCACCUUGUCCUCCCCCAUGCUCCUCCUUCUCCACCUCCUUGUCGCUCUGA